AAGCCAAGGAAUUAAGCAAUGGCACCAUCCAUCCAAACCUUCAUGCAAGCUCUCCUAAUAUUAAUGGCCGGAGCUCUGGUCACCGUCACAGCCCAGAACUGCGGCUGUGCGAGCAACGAGUGCUGCAGCCAGUACGGCUAUUGCGGCACAGGAGAGGCCUACUGCGGCUAUAAGUGCCAACGAGGGCCAUGCUACACCCCCACCGGCAACAUAGGUGACAUUGUCACUGACUCAUUCUUUAAUGGCAUCGCUCAGUGCAAACAGUUCUACACUCGCUCUGCCUUCCUUCAAGCUGCUGCUAAAUACCCCUACUUCGGUCGUAGUGGGACCAUUGAUGACAAGAAAAGGGAGAUCGCUGCUUAUUUCGCUCAUGUCACCCAAGAAACUGGGCACAUGUGUCUCAUUGAAGAAUCAAACGGUGCAAGCAAAGACUACUGCAACAGAACAGAGACGCAGUACCCAUGCAAUCCAAACAAGAAGUAUUACGGACGUGGGCCACUUCAAUUGACGUGGAACUACAACUAUGGUCCCGCCGGAGGAGACAUCGGAUUUGAUGGCCUGAACCAGCCGGAGACGGUGGCCAAUGAUGUGGUGGUCUCUUUCAAGAGCUCACUUUGGUAUUGGAUGACUAACAACGCUCACAGGCAUAUGGUCGUCGACCAAGAUUUUGGAGCCACCAUCCGAGCCAUCAAUGGCAAAUAUGAGUGUGAUGGUGGGAACACGGCCGCCGUUAAUUCUCGGGUUGGGUACUAUAAAGACUAUUGCAACAGGCUUGGUGUGGAUCCAGGAAACCGUCUUACUUGUUAGACGUGAUUGAGCGUCCCUAUAAUUAGUAAGUGUGUCUUGUGUUAUGGUUGUGGUUUUAAUUUAAUAAGUUGACGCUUUAGUCCUCUUCAUAUAUAUAUAUAUAUAUACUUGUUUUGAGUGGAAAUUAAUAAAGCAUAUUUUAAUAAACUAUGUAUUUUUGUGUU